UGAGGAAAUGCCACAUACCCUGUACAGUACUAUAAUUCUCAUGGACAUUUCUCCAAUGAGUCACUGCUAUUUAUAUCACAAAUGGACUUUUUGUUUCAACAUCUCCUGGAUACUAUGAGGAAGUACACACUAAAAAGGAAAUAUAAGAAACGGUGUACAGUAAAUGCCUUUAGGUUCACAAAUCUCCAAGCGAUACAGACCACAAGAGAAGGAAGUUCCAACAAUCUACCUCAUAUUCAACCUGGAUCCCAAAGACAACGGUCAACAUAUGAUAGCCCAAAAUCUGAUAGCCAGUAACUUCAGUGAGAUUAAUUCUUUGAAUUCCAGCUCGGGACAUUUUGGACACACCUGGGGUCCCAGCAGGGUACCUUAUACAUAUACUGUACUUGAUAGAAAUAGGUCUGAAGUUGAAAAUUAUCUGACCAAAAGUACAUGAAUAACUGAAGGGGUGCUCUUCUUUCUUCAGACUUAAAAGCAGAGUGCGACGACAAAUGCUGUUCUCAGAAUCAGAACUUCACUUGAAAGGUAUGUGUACAUUGAACUGUAAACUUGUCAAGAAUUUGGCCAGUGUGAACUGAUAUCUUCAAUCAACAAUGGUCAAGCAUGGAUGGCAGUACAGAGGAUCUAUUGACAAACCUUUCCUUGGGGGUAAAGAUUGCCUACGGCAUCAUCGCUGGACUUGGCAUUGUGGGAAAUAGCCUCGUUAUAUAUGUGCUAACGCACAUGGUCAGAUCACGUAAGGGUAAUGCUAACAUUCUAAUCGUUAAUCAAUCCAUAGUGGACCUUGCAACCUCCAUCCUCUUAGUUCUCUGUUUCCUGACCCCUGAGCCAUCAUUGCCUUCCUCCCCCAUUGCUGCUAGAUUCCUAUGCUCCAUCUGGAACUCUAAGUACCUCUUCUGGGCCACCAUCAUCUCAUCCACAUUCAACCUUGUCUGUUUGACCCUGGAGCGUUAUUUUGCCAUCGUCUACCCUUUCAAGUAUCGGAGCUGUACUCUUUUUAAAUGGCCCAAGUCACUCAUGUUGGCCAUAUUACCUGUGGUUGUUGGCUAUUUAUACCAGGCUUACUUUCCUGCUAUGCACGUUGUGAAAGACGGUAAAUGUGUCGUCAAUCAAUUUGCCAGUCGAGUUGCACAAAUCGUUUACGCGAUCGUCAUCCUCCUGGUUACCUACCUUGUCCCUCUUGCCAUCAUGACGUUUGCUUACAUCAGGAUCUAUGUGGUCCUGAAAACACAGUCAAUCGGUAACAUCACCGGCGAGGCCAGCCACUCAACAGAUGCUACAGGGAACCAACCACACAACCCUAACGAUACCAAUGAGAAAGCACUACGUAACAUCAUCAAAACCUUGCUUCUUGUCUACCUGCUCUUCGGUCUUUGCUGGGCUCCUAACGAAGUCUUCUACUUCUACUUCAAUAUCAGUGGCAACCAGCACAUCAACGAAACUGUCUACAACAUCACUAUCUGCCUGGCCUUCUUCAACAUGUGCGCUAAUCCCUUCAUCUACACCUUCAAAUAUCGUCGAUUUCAGGAGGGACUUCAACGGGCUAUGCCAUGUCUUGGACGACUGAUACGAGUGUACAACACCAACCUAUCUGGUACCCAGGAAGGAAAGGCUACUCAUGUGUCCUCGCCAAGCGUGUAAUAUUUAUUGUUUGAUGGAUUAAGUUGACUAUAACAAUAGUGUCUGCAUCAUUCUCUAUACAAGAAGAAAAAGCCUACAGGUAGCUAUGUUCAUACAUGUGUACUUACAUGAACAAGCAGUGUGUGAUAGUCAUAGAAGAUUUAGAAGCACAGCCUAC